CGGGAGCUUUUCGCUCGGAGCAUACAGAAAAGCAUUUCAAUCUCGUUUUAUACUUUCUGCUCAUGGAUCGAGAGCACAUCCUAACAACCAUGCUUGUCGCAGGUUAAACUAUCCAGAGACGAAAAUAUUUCAGGACCAGUCGAUUCCACCACAAGACUUUCACAUCUUUUUUCAGUAGCUAGUCUGACGUGACAGGCAACUGGAUAGUCUAUAGAGCAGUGUUCAUGCAACCUAAUCCCAGCGGAGAUGGUGCUGCAGAUGGCACUGAAUCGCAAGAGCAGGUCCCGAGCUGGUCAUCUACUCCUACGAUCAGAAUCAUCACAGGCCUCAUCGAAGACUCAGGCUACGAUUUCUUAGCGCUGCUGAUCGUUCCGUGCAAAGAUUUUCGGAAACUUCCAAAGGAAAUCCUGACACGAGCACUUGAGGUUCCACGUCGUACGAUUGCUGUACAGGGUGCAGUUAUCCUGUGUCGCCCGGAGAGCUGCAGACCUACACAAAUCCAAAUGCCCGAGAACUGCAUGCCUAAAUCGUACGACAGUAAAUUAUAGAUUAUAAAGUAACACUGAACCUGAAAGGUGGCAGCGAAAGUUCAGUUCAAUAAUCUGUUUCUGGAGGCUGCAAAAUUGACAUCCAGCGUAGACGGAUUGGAGUUUACAGGGGACCGGCCUCAAGCAUCUAGGUUUAGAAUCAUGUUGGGGGUUUAUGCGUCUCGGACAAUUUAGUUCCUAAAUAUAUGAUUUGAUACUUUUUCCCCUUUUUCUAUAUAUAUCGUUUCCAUAUUAUAUGUUUUUUGAAACAAGAAUAUUGCACAUCUUCACUCAAUGUACGUCA